AGAGCACGUUCCGAGUGACGUUGCAGAAAUGCAGCCGAGGUCUUGGCCUGAGCGUUUCCGGUGGUGGUACCGCUGGUCCAGUUAGGGUGAAAAGACUGUUUCCUCAACAACCUGCGGCCUUGUCUAACAAACUUCAACCGGGUGAUAUACUUCUUACUGCCAAUGGAAUUGCUUUGACUGGUCUCACCAACUAUGAAGCCCUCGAGGUUCUACGAACGACACCCAGCACCGUAGAACUGGUGGUGUGUCGACUUCCAGGCGAUACGAAUGUCACACCACCGGGUGCACCACCGCCACCCCCGGCUAGACGAGAACCACCACCACCCUUACGGAUUCUUAACCCUCUACCGCCUCUUCAAAUCGAACCCUGCGGCGAGUUCGACAUAGAAAUGACGAAGGUCGAUGGUAGCCUGGGUUUUACCCUGAGGAAGGCAGACAGCAGUGCGUUAGGUCAUUAUGUGAGAGCAUUAGUGCGAGAACCAGCGUUAAGUGACGGCCGAAUUCGACCCGGAGACAAAAUAGUUGCUGUAGAUGGUGCUCCAUUGUCGCCCAUGAGCCACGAAGAGGCUGUCCAAUUGUUGCGACAAUGUGGACCAACCGUGAAGCUUCGACUUUACAGGGAUCUGGCGCAAACUCCUGUCUCUGCGCUUUCUCCGACCGAACCUGAUCAUCCGCUCCGUCCACCGCGAACAAGUUUGAGGCAAGAAGCCGUAGAUAUGCUUUGCGAUCUAGCAGUUCGAAAACUCUCACCAGGUACAUCAAGUGGUUCUAGUUGUAAACAAUCACCUGGAGCAUCUUGCAAUUCGCCAAGAAGGCUUCGUCGACUUGCCACGCGUACACCUAAUACCGAUAAUGAUCAAGAAACUCUGGAGAAGCAUUCAAGCGUGCAAACGACAUCGACGGCCAGCCAAGCAGAGACAUCCGAUUCCGACCAGUGUUCGAUCAGAACGCAGAUAACGAAUUCCCAACCGAACACACCUGGAACAGACAUAAUCGAUCCGCCACCGCUGUACGACGUUUGCGAUUCCAGUGAUUCUUCGAAGGCACCGGCGCGACCGAGUUUUCUCGACUUAUCAGCACCCCAGGGAAAGCCUCAUUUUCAGUUCUGCAGCCAAGACUCUGAUGUGGAGUAUCCUGGAGGCGGGCCGAUUAUCGGUGAGGAUGAAGGGAAUAACGGAACGGAGACCGAUUACGAGAGAAGAACGAUAAACGCGUUGUCCAGCGACGAACACGACAAUGAUCUACCCUCGGAACCGGCCUCGAUGCCACCGGUACUCUCCUCGACGAGUAGCUCGAGUACAACCGCGUUCAGUUACAAGAAUCCCGCUUAUCAGAGCGCCAAUCCAGCCUGUAGCGCAGGUAUCGAUACCAUGACGAAAAACAAGGCUACCCAUUCAAGUGACCAAGACAUACCAGGAAAAAUAUUGGGAACGGAUGAUCCUGGUGGCAGUAAAGGUUUGUUGAAGUGGAAAGGCGUGAUGUUUGCUCCAGAUGAUGGAAUAGAUAAAGCCAAAAACAAAGACGAGAAAGUCGGAAAAGACACUACCGAUUCAGCUAUUCCCAAUACAGAUCUUGAACAAGGAACUGAGGUGUUCAUGGUAGAGCUGACACGUGGGUGGAACAGCCGACUAGGAUUCAGUUUACAACCGGAAGGAAACCACACUGUUAUAUCAGUGGUCCAUCCCGACAGUGUAGCAGCCAAAGACGGAAGGCUCAAACAAGGAGAUGUGCUCAUGAUGGUAAACGACGAAAGCGUGGAACAUAUGUCAACAGCUGAUAUAAUUGAUCUGUUACGUAAAAUAAGAGGUUCCAUAGGUAUUACGGUGAUGAGACGAAGCAAACGAGAAAAUAUAACGUGACGCUAAUCACGUUAAGUAUAAUUGAAGAGCCUUAAAGAAGAAAGAGAAAGAACUCUCGAAUUACGAAGAUCAAUCUCAUAACGAAAAUCAAUACCUUGCAAUUUGUUUAUUAGUUUGUUAACAGAUAAUCUAUGAGAUGAUUCUGCAUAAAUAAACAUAGAAGCAAACGUGGCGCUCGAGUGCAAUACACAUACAACCUGUAUAUUAGCUUUGUAAAUAUCUACGAAAAUUGAAGCCUUAAACAUGCUGUGUUGAUUUUAUUACUUGUAAAAAAUGCUUCGCUACUUUUCGCAUCACGAGAUGUAAUAAUUAAAAUACUUAACUAAACAUGUUGAAAUAUCAAACUGUGUUUAUUGUAUUUCUCUGAUUCUUAAAUUAAGUAGUAAUGCUUAAAUGUAAAUUAUUGGAUCUAGCAGGAUUUAUGCUUCGAAACGAUUUCUCAAAAAACUCGUUCAAAGUAAUAAAACUAUUAUAAGAACUAGAGAAAUGUAAAGGUCAUUGGCGUAACUAAAAUUUUCAUCUAGGUUGAGCCAGGUUUUCUGCUGGUACGAAUUGGCUAUACUAGACAUGAUCAAUUGACACUAAACAAUAAAAAAUGAAUAAUAAAUAUUUGACAAUUACGGAAUUACGAAAUGUGGAGACACUGAAUUUAGAAAUGUAAAAAUUUGGAAAAUUGAAAAUUUUCAAACGUACAAAUUUGAGAACGGACAUUUGGAAAUAUCGAAACUUAAAUUUCUCAAAAUAUGAAAAUUUAUUUUUUAACUUGCACCGUUUACCAUUUAGUUGCACCAAUGGUAAAAAAAGGAGAAAAACACAUAAUUGCAAUGCAGUUAUAUAUUCAAUAAAUGAAAAAAUAUAGUUAGAAUUUGUAUUUUU